GGCGGUUCUUGCACAUUUGAAUUAGCUUCCCCAGCACCAGCCUGUAACCCCGCUAAACCAGUGAACGAACAUUCAACCAUUGGCGUUGUCGAGUCACGGGAUGCGAUCGACGCUCCCGGAAUCACAUCACAAACACUUGAGAACAUUUGAAUGAUGCGACUAACCUCGAAUUCCUGAUUGUCUGACAUCAAUUAUCAAUUCCGGAGUGGAAAGAUGCGUGUCGGGAAUUCUCUCCCUCAACGUACAGCGCUUCACCCAACAAGAGGAGCUGAUAACAUACGCGAGACUAUCUGUUUGCCCAGCUCCGACGAUGAAGUGAUCUAUCUGGGCACGGUUACAAGGCAGGCACAACCAGAGACAGCUGCCCAUUUCACCACACCAGAGAUCCCAAGCAUGAGAGCAGACACAUCUGCUCGCCGGGCCCCCCGUUCCUACGAUGUCCGAAGACACCGAAACGCGCCCCGUUACCCCACGGCUGACUGGCCAAUACGCCGUGCUCCUUCUCGAGCGAACCCUAUACCGACAACUCGCCGCUUAGGCAGACCCCAUCGUCGCAGAGACAGGUCGACUCGAAGAGAGACGGCGAUUCCCUCACAUAUUAUAGACAAAUUGGUCAAGCUAGGCUGGCGACGAAACUGUACUAGACAGGAGCCACGACCUGUAGUGUAUGGUUCCUUUAGCGGAUCGGGCCGUUUCUAUCGCCAAGUACGCUAUUCACGGGACUGUACGGAACGCGCAGGGUUCGCGCCGGUUUCCCACGACGACGUGGAGUACGACUCUCGAUUUCAGGGAAUGAACAGUCAGCAAGUUCGAGCCGCAGUGUACAGUUACUUAGAGAGACGAUAUGGCCCUUCACUGGAUGCUGGAGAAAUAUAAGUUCGAAUGUUCGGUAAGACACAGACCAUGCUGGAGGACUCCAAACAAUUACGGGUUCAUAGGCACAAGCGUAGGAAAACGUGACGGCAGGCUGCCAUAUGGAGGAGGUGGCUGCGGCUGUUAAAGCCGGGUGAUUGGUACCAUCGAGCAUAACAUCGCUGAUGCCGCUUUGGCUAGGUCAGGAUGACGCCCCAGGCAAGUUCCUUCUCAUAGAGCCCCACCAUU